AUGGCUAUGGCUUUUGCUCGUCGAUUUGCACUCACUCUCCUUGGUCUCCUUCUAGUGUUCAAGUUUGUCCAGGGCGGGCUGGACACGACCAUGGUUAACAAGAUUUGCAACGGCAACGUUUAUGGAAGCAGUGAUCCCUAUGCUAACAGCGUAUCGUAUGUCCUUGAGGAUCUAGCAACCGUGACAGCGAACCACCCUGGCUACGAUUACUACACCCAGUCUCCUUAUGUUGAAGCAACAGCUUAUGGCCAUGCUGUUUGCAGUGCAUCGCUCUCAUUUACUGAUUGUGGUACUUGCGUAAGCUCUGCGAAGAGUCAGAUACUCAGUAACUGCCCAAAUAGCAUCGGGGUUCAAAUUCAGCUUCAGGACUGUAGGAUGAGAUAUGAAAAUUACCCAUUCUCAGAGUAA